AGGCUGACGGUCCCUCGGAAUAUGACAUUCACCCCUAAGGCGAAUAUGGAAAGACCUGGGCACUUGCAAGGGAUCUGUUCCCAGGACUCCCGGCGGGGCGGCAAAGCGGGUGGAUGUCAGGAGUAAAGAUUCGCGAAGGAUUCUCGCCCCGUUGGACUUCAAAACCGGAUGCCUCCCCUCAUCCUCUGGUUUUUUUCCUUACCUUUGCUAUAACCUCAUUCCUAGCUUUUGUCUCUCUUUUCCGGCGCUUUGCUGCCCUGCCAUUCUUUCACGUCGCCAGUCGACCCAUUCACUCUUUUUACACAGCUUGAAACGCCGCUGAAGUCCUAGUGACUCGCUUUGUCCAAGUACUACAACAACGAUACUACAACUACAUCUUGCAUCACCACCACUAUCAACAAAUCCAUCAAAAUGAAGACUCAAUCUAUCCUCUUUGCGACCCUGGCCUCGGCCCCCGCGGUUUUCGCACACACCGCAUUCACCGAUUUCUUCGUCGAUGGAAUGCCUCAGGGUGACGCCGUUGCCAUGCGUAUGAGCAUGAACUCGGAGACCACCACCAACCCCAUCGCUGGUCUCCACAGUGACGACAUGGCUUGCAACGUUGGCGGUACCAAGGGUGUCUCUCGCGUGCAAACUGUGGAGGAUGGUGCUCUCCUGUCUUUCGAGAUCCGCGCUUGGCCCAAUGAUGCUACCAAGGAGCGUAUGGACAGCGGACACAAGGGACCUUGCGCUUUCUACUUGAAGAAGGUCUCUUCUGCUAUCGAUGAUACUGCUGCUGGUGACGGCUGGUUCAAGGUUUUUGACCACGGCUAUGAUGCCUCAACCAAGCAAUGGUGCACAGACGAUAUCAUCAACAACAAUGGUCUCCUCAACGUGCGCCUUCCCGAAGGCCUCCAGAGCGGUUACUACCUCGCUCGCCCUGAGAUCCUAGCCCUCCACCAGGCCGACAAGGGUGACCCGCAGUUCUACACUGGCUGCGCUCAAAUCUUCCUCAAGGGCACUGGUAACCUUGUUCCCGAGUCGACCGUCUCGAUCCCUGGAUACGUCGACUACAACACGCCCAGCACCAAGUUCGACAUCUACAACACUGACAACGCUUUGUACACCGAGCUGCCUGGUCCCAGUGUCGCCAAGCUCGUGGCCAACAGCGCUGCUCAAGUCUCCAGCCAGACCACCCAAACUGAGGGUUUGAUCACCAAGGGUUGCCUCGUCGAGAACGCCAACUGGUGCGGCGUGGAGACACCUGACUACACUGACGAGAAGGGAUGCUGGGCUUCUUCCGAGGAUUGCUGGACGCAGUCCAAGACGUGCUACUCUUCUGCUCCUCCCACUGGCGAGUCCGGCUGUGAUCUCUGGUCUACUAAGUGCACUGGCAUCCAGGAUCAGUGCAAUGCCGGCAACUUCAACGGCCCACCCAACAAGGGCAAGGUUCUGACCCCCAAGAAGGUCAGCAUCGAUGUCGGCGCCCUCUUGGCAACUGUCAACGGUGGCUCCAGCUCUUCGCCCAAGACCAGCGCUAAGGCCUCUUCCUCCAAGGCGACUUCCUCCAAGGCCGCAACCAAGACCAAGGCUGUGGUCAAGACCAGCGCCUAUGCCGCCGUCAAGGAGGUGGCCCAGGCCGUCAAGACAACCGCUACCUCCGCCGCUGCCACACCCGCAGCUACUGCUGAGGAUGCCGACCUUCCCGAGUACACCAUCACCGUCGCGCCAUCUUCCGCCAACGCUCCCGCACCAACUGAGGCUCCCGCCACCUGCCCUGAGGGUCACCGCUGCGUCGUUGUCACCAACGUCGAGGUUGUCACUGAGUACGUUACACAGUACUCCUACAAGAAGCGCAGCAGCUUCCACGGCCGCCGCCACGGUCGUCACGCUUAAGCGAAGCGAGUCUUGCCAGAGUAGGAAAACGGGUUUACUUCUGCGAUGUGGUAGUCGCGAGCUUUUAACGCUCUGUUUGGGUAUUUUGAGGGAAACGAAAUGAAAUGAAAUGCAAAAUGUUUACUUUCUAUUUGAUGUGCACUGUUGAGCGUGGUGAUUCCUUGCAGGAAGUGUGACAUGGUCGGGAUCUUGAUGAAGCCACGGUGGUGUUGGAGAAUGCUUGCUGGGUUGAUGAACGAAAAGAGCUUCUCAAGACAAAGUACAUGUUUGUGUUGUGGUGAUGCUACAUGCUAUGACGGUCAUGUGCCACCUUCCUCUCUGUCUCCCUCUUUCUUGGUGAGAAGCUUAUCAUAGGCGCUACUGCUGUGAGAUAAUAGGAGUAUCG